GACGAGAGGCAGUCAUACGAGGAAAGGACUUUUCCGUACUGCCGAACAGCCGUAAUAAACGACCAUUUCGACCGCGAGCAUUUAGGGGGAAUGAAAGAAAUGGAGCGUGAGAAUCUAAUCUUCUGCGAGCAUCCUAAGUGCAAGGAGGAGGGGGUGAAGCUGAAGCAUUUGGAUCAUUUCAGGAAUCAUGUGGAAAGCGUUCAUGGAGUUAAGCUGCGACCGGGUAAAGCAUAA